AGUGUUGAUAGAGAAUAUGUGUUUCAUUUACCCGACACAUUCCCAGAGACUCAAAGUAUCUUGAGGUACGUUAUUCCGCUCGUCAUCCUGCCCCUCCCCCACCUCCUCUGGUCUCUCGUACAGCUGUGUGUUUGGUACCAAUACAACAAGGUUAGGACACACAGUCAGUGUAUGUACAUGUACAUGUUGGUCCUUUUAUGUUUUGGAAAAUUUUAGUAACUUUAAAAAUUUGUAAAAAAAAUCCAAUUAAAAUGCAUGAAAUUGAAGAGUAGAAAGAAAAAGAGAGGAGGAGGAGGAGCUGAAGAUUUGAACUUAUUGAAUGCUGAACUUAAAGCAGAUAAAGCUAAGCUUGAGCAUAAAGUGAUUGAGUUGAUGGCAGAAAGACAAUUAUUAGAAGAUUCUAUUUCUAUUCCAAAAGAUGCUAUGAUAAGAAGAUUAGAAAGACAGCUACAGGAGAAAGAGAAUGAAAUAAAAAUAUUAAAAGAGCAAAAAUCAACUUAUACUAAACAACUUGAAACUAACAAGGAAACAAUUGAAGAAUACAAAACAAAAGUAUCAUUAUUAGUUAGUACACUAUCAGAUAAAGACAUGUUAGUUAAUACGUUACAAUCUUUAUUGGAACCAGACGAGGCCCCAACCCACCAAUCUCUCUCCUACCCUCGUAAAACCAGUCUUGAUACUCUAAAUGAAAGAGGAGGAGGAACAGGCCCCGGGGACAUUACUCCAGUAGGUCCUAUCAGAAAGACAGUUCCCCAGUCUGUAUCAUACAAGAAGCAGGAGGAGAAGGAGGAGUCAUCACUACCAACUUAUGAUCAACACAUGCUGGGAGUAAUAGGACAUAUGUAAUAGUAGAAACAAGAUAGGACAGGCAUUUAAUUUUUGUGUACCAUUUAAGAACAUUCUAGAUUAUUCUUUUUCAUUUACUGGACUAUUCCUUUUGUUGUUUGGACUAUUCUUUUUGUUUACUGGAACAUUCUGGGCUAGAAUGUUCCAGAUUUGUACCUUGCUAUAAAUAUGUGUGAUUUUUGUAAAUAGUUGGUUCCUUGCUUGGUAAAAACAUAAUAUUAAACCACUUA